ACAAAUAUACGCAUUAAUAUUAAUAUAAUCACUAAUUAAAUAAAAGUAAAUGUAUUUAUUAGAAUCAUUUCCAUAGUAAUAAUUGGUCUGUGUUAAAAAUUCACUCAAGAAAUCUGUGAUUCCACCCAGUGUGUUUUAAAACAUACACAGUGAUUGAAAAAACCCCAAUACAUUCCGGAAAUAAAGGUUUAAAUUAUAAAAAAAUACAAAGUAAUAAUAUGUAUUCAAAAAAGUUAAAAUAAGGAAGAAAAUUUAUUUGGUUAUUAUAAUGCAUAGAAAAUAUAUUUUGUUAUUAAUUAGCGUGGGGUCGAAUUUUUUUCAAGUUAUAUUUUCUCAAGACGUAAUGGGACCUGAAAUUAAUAUGGAGGACUUUUUUAUCGAACAGGGCUACCCUAUCGAAACUCACUCUGUAGUAACAGAAGAUGGUUACAUCAUUGGCGUCCACAGAGUUCCUGCGAGGGGAAAACCCAACCCAAAUUUGGAUCCGGUUAUUUUAAUGCAUGGCAUGAUAACAAGUGCGGAUAGCUGGAUUUACGCGGGAAGAAACUCAAGCCUCCCCUGUCUUUUGGCUAACAUGGGAUAUGAUGUCUGGAUGCCAAAUGCCAGGGGAACUCACUAUUCAGACAAGCACAAGUGGUUGAAAAGAUCGGAUAGUGACUUUUGGAAAUUUAGUUGGCAUGAAAUUGGAAAAUACGAUAUACCAGCAGUAAUAGACCACGUUUUGAAUACAACAAACAAACCUCAGGUAGCUUAUGUGGGUCAUUCACAAGGAACAACAGUGUUUUUCGUUAUGGGGUCCGAGAGACCAGAGUACCAACCUAAAAUCAGUGUGGCCGUAAUGUUGGCACCAUCUGUUUUUUUAAAUCACACCAGAAAUCCAGCGCUCACUAGGUUUGCUCCUUUGUACAGAACCAUGGAUAGAAUAAUGAACACGCUUAAUUUCUUCGAAUUUAAGUUUGGAAUAAGUGACGAAAAUGUAAGAAAUUUUUUUAAGUCAAUGUGUAGUCCAAACGGAUGGACAGAUUUCUGCCUAGAAAUAUUGAGUUUGAUCACUGGACCCGAGUCAAAGAAUUUCAACCGGGACCUUAUUCCUAGAAUACUAGGCUCUGUACCUGCAGGACAAUCUACUAUGCAAAUAAUACAUUACAGUCAAAGUAUGGCCACAGGAGAGUUUAUGCAAUAUGAUUAUGGCCCAAAGAAAAAUAUGAAAAUAUAUAACUCCACAACUCCUCCCAGAUACAAUUUAAACAUAUCCACACCAAUAGCUUUAUUUUAUUCCAAAGAUGAUAUUGUCAAUGACAAGAAAGAUGUACUACACCUUGCCAAAAUUCUACCCAAUCUGGUUGAUAAAUACGAAGUUCCUUAUCCAAAUUGGACCCAUUUGGAUUUCUUAGUUGCCAAUAAUGUUGUUACUAUGAUUUUUGAUAGAGAGGAAUUUUUUAUCGAACACGGCUAUCCGAUCGAAACUCACUCUGUGGUAACAGAAGAUGGCUACAUCAUUGGCGUCCACAGAGUUCCUGCGAGGGGAAAACCCAACCCAAAUUUGGAUCCGGUCAUUUUAAUGCAUGGCUUGAUAACAAGUGCAGAUAACUGGAUUUACGCGGGAAGAAACUCAAGUCUCCCCUGCCUGUUGGCUGACCUGGGAUAUGAUGUCUGGAUGCCAAAUGCCAGGGGAACUCACUAUUCAGACAAGCACAAGUGGUUGAAAAAAUCGGAUAGCGACUUUUGGAAAUUUAGUUGGCAUGAAAUUGGAAAAUACGAUAUACCAGCAGUAAUAGACCACGUUUUGAAUACAACAAAUAAACCUCAGGCAGCUUAUGUGGGUCAUUCCCAAGGAACGACAGUGUUUUUCGUUAUGGGGUCUGAGAGACCACAGUACCAAGCUAAAAUCAGUGUGGCUGUAAUGUUAGCACCACCUGUGUUUUUAAAUAACACCAAAAAUUUAGCGCUCAUUAGGUUUGCUCCUCUAUAUAGAACGUUGAAUAUAUUAAUGAACAGGAUGAAUUUCUUUGAGUUCAUGUUGAGUUUUAGUGAAGAAAAAGAACAAAAUUCAUAUAAAUCAACGUGUAGUUUAAAUGGGUUUAAAGAUUUGUGCUUGUAUAUAUGGGAGACGGUGAUUGGAGUUGAGUCCAACAAUUUUAACAGGGACCUCAUUCCUAAAAUACUAGAUACUGUACCUGCAGGACAAUCUACAAUGCAAUUAAUACAUUUCCUUCAAAUUAUAGACACAGGAGAGUUUAUGCAAUAUGAUUAUGGCCCAAAGAAAAAUAUGAAAAUAUAUAACUCCACAACUCCUCCCAGAUACAAUUUAAACAUAUCCACACCAAUAGCUCUAUUUUAUUCCAAAGAUGAAAGUAUCAUUGACAAAAAGGAUGUCCUUCGACUUGCAAAAAUAUUACCAAAUCUGGUUGAUCAAUACGAAGUUCCUUACCCGAAUUGGUCACAUUUAAAUUUUAUAGUUGCUAAUAAUGUUGUACCUAUGAUUUAUGAUAGGGUUAUUAAACUUCUUGGGCAAUAUGCUAAUGAGGAAUUUUUUAUCGAAUACGGCUACCCGAUCGAAACUCACUCUGUAGUAACAGAAGAUGGCUACCUCAUUGGCGUCCACAGAGUUCCUGCGAGGGGAAACCCCAACCCAAAUUUGGAUCCGGUCAUUUUAAUGCAUGGAUUGUUUACCAGUGCGGAAAACUGGAUUUACGCGGGAAGAAACUCAAGUCUCCCCUGUCUGUUGGCUGACCUGGGAUAUGAUGUAUGGAUGCCAAAUGCCAGGGGAACUCAAUAUUCAGACAAGCACAAGUGGUUGAAAAGAUCGGAUAGUGACUUUUGGAAAUUUAGUUGGCAUGAAAUUGGAAAACACGAUAUACCAGCAGUAAUAGACCACGUUUUGAAUACAACAAAUAAACCUCAGGUAGCUUAUGUGGGUCAUUCCCAAGGAACGACAGUGUUUUUCGUUAUGGGGUCCGAGAGACCAGAGUACCAACCUAAAAUCAGUGUGGCCGUUAUGUUGGCACCAUCUGUUUUUUUAAAUCACUCCAGCAACUCUGCGUUCAUUAGGUUUACUCAUCUUUAUAAAACCAUGGAUAGAUUGAUGAACAGGCUGAAUUUCUUUGAAUUUUCGUUGGGAUUUAGUGACGAAAAUGUAAAAAAUUCAUAUAAAUCAGUGUGUAGUUUGAAUGGAUGGAAAGAUUUGUGUUUAGAAAUAUGGGACGACAUGAUUGGAGUCGAGUCCAAAAACUUUAACCGGAAGCUUGUUCCUAAAAUGCUAGAUACUGUACCUGCAGGACAAUCUACAAUGCAAAUAAUACAUUACAGUCAAAGUAUAUCUACAGGAGAGUUUAUGCAAUAUGAUUUUGGCCCAAAGAAAAAUAUGAAAAUAUAUAACUCCACAACUCCUCCCAGAUACAAUUUAAACAUAUCCACACCAAUAGCUCUAUUUUAUUCCAAAGAUGAAAUUGUUGUUGACAAAAAAGAUGUCCUUCGACUUGCAAAAAUAUUACCAAAUCUGGUUGAUCAAUACGAAGUUCCUUACCCGAAUUGGAAACAUUUGAAUUUUAUAGCUGCUAAAAAUGUUGAGGAAUUUUUUAUCGAACACGGCUAUCCGAUCGAAACUCACUCUGUAGUAACAGAAGAUGGCUACAUCAUUGGCGUCCACAGAGUUCCUGCGAGGGGAAAACCCAACCCAAAUUUGGAUCCGGUCAUUUUAAUGCAUGGCUUGUUGACCAAUGCGGAAAACUGGAUUUACGCGGGAAGAAACUCAAGUCUCCCCUGUCUGUUGGCUGACAUGGGAUAUGAUGUCUGGAUGCCAAAUGCCAGGGGAACUCAAUAUUCAGACAAGCACAAGUGGUUGAAAAGAUCGGAUAGUAACUUUUGGAAAUUUAGUUGGCAUGAAAUUGGAAAACACGAUAUACCAGCAGUAAUAGACCACGUUUUGAAUACAACAAAUAAACCUCAGGUAGCUUAUGUGGGUCAUUCCCAAGGAACGACAGUGUUUUUCGUUAUGGGAUCCGAGAGACCAGAGUACCAACCUAAAAUCAGUGUGGCAGUAAUGUUGGCACCAUCCGUGUUUUUAAAUCACACCAGCAAUCCAGCGCUCACUAGAUUUGCUCCUCUUUAUAGAACCAUGGAUAGAUUAAUGAACAUGCUGAACUUUUUUGAAUUUAAGUUGGGAUUUAGUGACGAAAAUGUAAAAAAUUCGUAUAAAUCAAUGUGUGUUUUAAAUGGAUGGAGGAAUUUGUGCUUAAAUAUAAUGAGUAUGAUGACUGGAGCUGAGUACAAAAAUUUUAACCAGGAAAUUAUUCCUAAAAUGCUUGGUUCAGUUCCUGCAGGACAAUCUACAAUGCAAAUAAUACAUUACAGUCAAAGUAUAGCCACAGGAGAGUUUAUGCAAUAUGAUUAUGGCCCAAAGAAAAAUAUGAAAAUAUAUAACUCCACAACUCCUCCCAGAUACAAUUUAAACAUAUCCACACCAAUAGCUCUAUUUUAUUCCAAAGAUGAUAUUGUCAAUGACAAAAAGGAUGUUCUACGUCUUGCCAAAAUUCUACCCAAUCUGGUUGAUAAAUACGAAGUUCCUUACCCACAUUGGACACAUUUGGAUUUUAUAGUCGCCAACAAUGUUCAAGAAUUUGUUAAAAAUUUGGGGUACCCUGUGGAAACUUACAACGUGGAAACUAAGGAUGGUUAUAUUCUCAAACUAUUCAGAAUACCUCAUGGUAAAAAAAACUCAACAAGUGGACCUCCAGUUAUCCUUAUGCACGGCCUGUUGGGAUCAUCGGAAAAUUACAUAAUUUUGGGAGAAAAAUCGUUGGCAAUUAUGGCAGCUGAAGCUGGUUACGACGUUUGGUUGGGAAAUGUUCGAGGCAAUAUGCAUUCAAGAAACCAUACCACCCUAAACCCCGAUAAGGAUCCUUUAUUCUGGGAUUUCAGUUGGCAUGAAAUGGGUGUCUACGAUGUACCAGCUAUAAUCGAUUUUAUUCUUAACAAAACAGGGUAUAAAACAGUAGCGUACGUUGGUCAUUCUCAGGGUGGUACAAUUUUUUGUGUUAUGGCUACUGAAAAACCUGAAUACAAAAAAAAAGUAUCUGUUUUUAUCGGAUUGGCUCCUGGUGUUGUUUAUGAUCAUGUAAAUAUGCCUCUUAUGCAGUCAUUCAUUGACACUUCAAAAGACUUAUAUGAUGACAUGGUUAAGUUAAAUCACAGAGAAUCAUUUUUUAUGGACUACAAUGAUUUACGGUUUUUAACUUAUGCUCUUUCAAAACAUAACCAAAGAUUGAUUUUGGAAAUGUCCAACAUAUUUAUGGGUGAAUCAGAAGUAACUGAUUGGAAAGCCAUUUUUAAUUUUUCUGGAACCAUGCCUGCAGGCUGUUCUUUAAAGCAAAUGGAACAUUUUUCUCAGUUAACUCAUUCAAAAUCAUUCAGGCAAUUUGAUUAUGGAAGAGAACAAAACUUAAAAAAAUACAACAAUACCAUUCCACCAAAUUAUGAUUUGGCCAAAAUGGAUGUGCCAACAUAUAUUUACAUUGGACAAAACGAUAUAGUCGUAACAAUGGAGGAUAUGAACACAUUGGUAAAGCUGUUGCCAAAUGUUAAGGAAUUGUAUGUUAUACCAGUAAAAAAAUUUACGCACGUAGACUAUGUGGUAGCCAAACAUGCAGAUAAGCUAAUGUAUAAUAAAAUUAUUAAAACUUUAGGUCAUUAUCAAAAUAAACGCAUAGAUAAUUAA